UAAUCCCAAAACCCCACGGCGGUUGGUGUUACGGGUUCGAAGCCCGCAGGUCUAUUGCUUUCUGUUUUCUUGUGCCAGGAAGAUGAAUCUAUUGCCGAUUCACAGGAAGGUUAAUCUUGUGUCGAUUCAGCCAUUCAGGUGGACUUCUUUUCGGGUCUUUUGUAUUUGGUGUUAUCGAAUUGAAUGUUUCUUGGCUUCUUAUUGAUGUAGCCCUACCGAUGUUUUGGUUCAUGCCUUUCUUGGCUGGAGAAUUAUAACCCUAAUAGGGAAUGGAUUCUAGGCCCGCGGUUGCUGGUGCACAUUCUCAUGGUUCUUUGGACUCCCCAAACUUGAUCAUAGGGAUUGGUUUCGCCAAGAGCAAUGAAUGUACAGGGAAAAUCUCCAACAAGAAUUUGCAUGUAAUUGGGGACACUCCAAACCCAUAUGAGCAGGUUAUUUCCGCCAUAGGGAGAACUCUGUCACCAUUUGAUGAGGAGAAGCUUAUACUAUGCUUUGGAUUUGGCGAUGAAAGCACUCGUGACCAUUCAGUAUUUAGCUUCUAUAGUGAUAACCAGCCCUGUUGUGGUUUUAAACAAGCACUUGCUCGCUACAGGGAACUUGUUCCGCAACUUAGUUUUGCUGGUCCAACUUCAUUUGCACCUAUCAUCGAAACUGUUAUAGGAAUUGUUGAGAAUAGUGGUGGCCAGUAUCAUGUCCUCCUUAUAAUUGCAGAUGGACAGGUUACACGAAAUAUUGAAACUGGAAAUGGACAGUUGAGCCCUCAGGAAGAGGAGACCCUAGAUGCCAUUGUUAAAGCUAGUAAUUAUCCUCUUUCAAUUGUGCUUAUCGGGAUCGGUGAUGGACCAUGGGACAUGAUGAGCCGAUUUGAUGACAACAUACCUUAUCGUGCAUUUGAUAAUUUUCAGUUUGUGAGCUUCACAGAGCAGAUGUUGAAAUCAUCAUCCAGCAAAAAGGAAGGAGACUUUGCUCUUUCCACAUUGAUGAAGAGUGCAGGACAUUUUGAGGCCGCAUCGAGCUUCCAGCUUGAUGGUGAACAAAGAGGAUUUUCAGAUCGAAACGUGUUACCUCCACCUGUGGCUGAUCAGAGACAGUAUUCUGGAUAUUCAUCCACCUGCAAUAAUGCAUCAGUUCAAAAAAUUGCAUCAGCGGACAGUGAUAUGUGUGAUCCACUGACUGCUGAGGGUCAUAAAGUUACCAGUGCGCACAGGAAUCCCAAGUUUGUAGAAAUUGAUAAUGUCCAUCAUCCUGAUUUGGAAUCAUAUCUUCACAUGACUGAGAGUCCUUCGGAAGAACUUGAAGACAUAGAGUGCAUUGAAGAUCGACAUGGUUGCAGAUUGAAGCAAGAAAUUUGUUCAAAUGAUAACGGAGAUAUUUCCAGUACAUCUGACAAGACAAUUGUGAAUUGGCUUUCACUCCCACCCGGUGUGGUGUGGCGCAUUUGGGGUUCACUUUGCAAAGAUUCUGAUCGCCAAAAGAUGCGCUUUGUCUCUAAGGAGUGGUAUAAGGAGAUACCUGAAGUUAUGGCCCGACGCCCUUGGGUAAUUGGGUCUGGUACGAUUCAUGGAAUCUUCCAUUCUAUUAAUGGGAAGAGUCUGUCGCAAAUGAAGUUCAGGUGUGAAAUACCAGAUGGGUCUUUCUAUAGUAGCUGUUCAAGCUUUCUCGUGAUGCAGACAGACAACGAACAUUUUUUGUGGAGCCCUAGCAACAGGAUGUCUCUGAAACUGCCACUAAAGACAUACGAGAAGAUUGUAAUGCAUGAAGACUCUGAUUCUUACGCCUUUGCCUACUCCAGUGGUAAGGUCAAAUUUUCCUAUGGAAGACCCCAAGUUGAGUCAAGCUGGAAGCAGAUAUUGUGCUAUGACAAAUCUAUCGGAGAUAUUUGCCAGUGUGAUAAUGAAUAUUAUGCUGUCAGUAACAUGUUUCGCCUCUACUGGCUGGAUCAAAAGAGCAGUAAGCUUGAACUUAUUGGACCCGAGCAAACGUCAAAUGACAUCAAGAAAUUACUGCUGGAUGGAAAUUUUCCAGACCACCUCUUCCUCGCUGAUGUAAAUCAUGAGCUGGUGAUUGUCGCAGUUGGCCGAAAUCUGCGGUCUGUGGACUUGUUCAAGGUUCUCUGGAUCAGUGACCGAAUGACAAGUUUGGUAAGGGUCCCGGACCUUGGUAUUUGGUCAUUGUUUCUCGGCAGAAACCAAGCAAUUGCAUUAAGUGCUGACGACUUCCCUGGUAUUAGUCCAAGCACUUUGUACCUUGCUUUAGAUCCGCUGAUGGAUGAUGAGGAGCCUACCGUGCAGUUGUACAAUCUUGCGACAAGAAGUGUUGUAGAUACAGGCUAUCCGGUCCACAAGCUAGGUUCCCCCUUUUUUUACCAACCUGAUAUAGUUUCAGCAUCUGUAUUGUAUGAGUGAUUUGUCAGAACACUCCUGUUGAUCAUUACAUGUUAAACACCGGAUAAAAUUCAUCUAAUGCAUCUUGUUUACCAAGA